ACAUCCGGAAUGUCAGCGCACCGGUCGAAAAGCGCACCGGUCGAAAAGGACACCGUCGAGAGAGAGAGAGAGAGAGAGAGAGAGAGAGAGAGAGAGAGAGAGAGAGAGAGAGAGAGAGAGAGAGAGGGAGAGAGAGAGAGAGAGAGAGAGAGAGAGAGAGAGAGAGAGGGAGGGAGGGAGGUAGGGAGGGAGGGAGGGAGGGAGGGAGGGAGGGAGGGGAGGGAGGGAGGGAGGGAGGGAGGGAGGGAGGGAGGGAGGGAGGGAGGGAGGGAGGGAGCGAGGGAGGGAGGGAGGGAGGGAGGGGAGGGAGAGAGAGAGAGAGAGAGAGAGAGAGAGAGAGAGAGAGAGAGAGAGAGAGAGAGAGAGAGAGAGAGAGAGAAAGAAAGAGGGAGGGGUAGAGAGAGAGUGGUAGAGAGUGAGAGCAAGAGACGUAGAGAAAAGGGGAGUGAGAGAGGCAGCAAGUGGCGGGCGGCCAGCGGCCAGCGGAGGUGGCGAGCAGCAGUGAUUGGAGAAGGACGUCAAGCGAACCAACAUCAGAUUCCUGGCAAUAGCAACAGAGGUGGAAACCGACGGAGAGAAGACCUCGGAACCUCCAGAAAAAAUCAAGGAAUUACUGAAGGAGUUCCACGACAUUCUCCCCGACGACCUCCCGGACGAGCUACCGCCAUACCGAACGCACAAACACGAGAUCGUGGAGGAACCAGGUUCAAAGCCGACCUUCCGAGCACCAUAUCGGCUCAGCCCCACCGAGCUAGCCGACAUGAAGAAGCGGAUCGAGUCUCUCCUCGCGAAAGGACUCAUCUGACCAUCAAAUUCACCGUACGGUGGCCCCAGGCCAUCACUCCUUAUUGACAAUCAAGGUACCUGCAACCG